GGGAGCUCCCUAAGCAGGCCCUUCCCGAGCGGCCGAAUUAACUGGUUCUGUCUGUCGGACUGGGAGAGCAGCUCUCGCUAAAAAUAGCGCCCUGCCCGGGCCGCCGCGGUGGGAGUCUGAGCCAGGACAGACCAAGGAAUCGGGGGAGCCCUCCUCACCGCCCACCCGGGCCUGGCCGGGGACUGACCCCGAGGCCGAGACCAGGGGCACAGCGCUGGCCCCACAGGUGCCGGGGAGGGUGGAAGGCCUGCGGGAACAGGAGCAGCCGAGCCCGUCCGGGAUGGGAGCCGGCGGCGCGGCCUCUCGCGCCCUCGCCUGGGCCUCCCUGCCGCUGCUGGGGCCUCCGGCCGGCGCGCUCUGCGAGGACACGCUUUGCUGCAGAGAGUCACCCCAAGAAAGGCCGGGCUCCCGGCGCAGCCUGCCCGGCAGCCUCUCAGAGAAGAGCCCCAGCAUGGAGCCCUCAGCUGCCUCGCCGUUCCGGGUCACGGGCUUCCUCAGCCGCCGCCUCAAGGGCUCCAUCAAGCGCACCAAGAGCCAGCCCAAGCUGGACCGCAACCACAGCUUCCGCCACAUCCUGCCGGGGUUCCGGAGCGCAGCCGCCGCCGCCGCCGCCUCCGCCGCGGACAAUGAGAGGUCCCAUCUGAUGCCAAGGCUGAAGGAGUCUCGCUCCCACGAGUCCCUGCUCAGCCCCAGCAGUGCGGUGGAGGCACUGGACCUCAGCAUGGAGGAGGAGGUGGUCAUCAAGCCUGUGCACAGCAGCAUCCUGGGCCAGGACUAUUGCUUUGAGGUGACAACAUCCUCUGGAAGCAAGUGCUUUUCCUGCCGGUCAGCAGCCGAGCGGGAUAAGUGGAUGGAGAACCUGCGGCGAGCAGUGCACCCCAACAAGGACAAUAGCCGGCGUGUGGAACACAUCUUGAAGCUGUGGGUGAUUGAGGCUAAGGACCUGCCAGCCAAGAAGAAGUACCUGUGCGAGCUGUGCUUGGACGAUGUGCUGUAUGCCCGUACCACGGGCAAGCUCAAGACGGACAAUGUCUUCUGGGGAGAGCACUUCGAGUUCCACAACCUGCCUCCUCUGCGCACAGUCACUGUCCACCUCUACCGGGAGACUGACAAGAAGAAGAAGAAGGAGCGCAACAGCUACCUGGGCCUGGUGAGCCUGCCUGCUGCCUCUGUGGCUGGGCGGCAGUUCGUAGAGAAGUGGUAUCCUGUGGUGACACCCAAUCCCAAGGGCGGCAAGGGCCCCGGGCCCAUGAUCCGCAUCAAGGCACGCUACCAGACCAUCACCAUCCUGCCCAUGGAGAUGUACAAGGAGUUUGCCGAGCACAUCACCAAUCAUUACCUGGGGCUCUGUGCAGCCCUUGAACCCAUCCUCAGUGCCAAGACCAAGGAAGAGAUGGCGUCUGCCCUGGUGCACAUCCUGCAGAGCACGGGCAAGGUGAAGGACUUUCUGACGGACCUGAUGAUGUCAGAGGUGGACCGCUGUGGGGACAAUGAGCACCUCAUCUUCCGUGAGAACACGCUGGCCACCAAGGCCAUUGAGGAGUACCUCAAACUGGUGGGCCAAAAGUACCUGCAGGAUGCACUAGGUGAGUUCAUCAAAGCUCUGUACGAGUCAGAUGAGAACUGUGAAGUGGACCCAAGCAAGUGCUCAGCUGCUGACCUCCCUGAGCACCAGGGCAACCUCAAGAUGUGCUGCGAACUGGCCUUCUGCAAGAUCAUCAACUCCUACUGUGUCUUUCCACGGGAACUCAAAGAGGUGUUUGCCUCAUGGCGGCAGGAGUGCAGCAGCCGUGGCCGGCCCGACAUCAGCGAGCGUCUCAUCAGCGCCUCCCUCUUUCUGCGUUUCCUCUGCCCAGCCAUCAUGUCACCCUCACUCUUCAACCUGCUUCAGGAGUACCCUGAUGACCGCACUGCCCGCACCCUUACCCUCAUAGCCAAGGUCACCCAGAACCUGGCCAACUUUGCCAAAUUUGGCAGCAAGGAGGAGUACAUGUCAUUCAUGAACCAGUUCCUGGAGCAUGAGUGGACCAACAUGCAGCGCUUCCUGCUGGAGAUCUCCAACCCUGAGACCAUCUCCAACACAGCUGGCUUUGAGGGCUACAUUGACCUGGGCCGCGAGCUUUCCAGCCUGCACUCGCUGCUCUGGGAGGCUGUCAGCCAGCUGGAGCAGAGCAUUGUGUCCAAAUUGGGACCUCUGCCUCGGAUUCUGAGGGAUGUCCACACUGCACUGAGCACCCCAGGCAGCGGGCAAAUCCCUGGGACCAACGACCUGGCCUCCACACCAGGCUCUGGCAGCAGCAGCAUCUCAGCCGGGUUGCAGAAGAUGGUGAUUGAGAACGAUCUAUCUGGUCUGAUAGAUUUCACCCGGUUACCGUCUCCAACCCCCGAAAACAAGGACUUGUUUUUUGUCACAAGGUCCUCCGGGGUCCAGCCCUCUCCUGCCCGUAGCUCGAGCUACUCGGAAGCCAACGAACCUGAUCUCCAGAUGGCCAACGGUGGCAAGAGCCUGUCCAUGGUGGACCUCCAAGACUCCCGCACACUGGACGGAGAGGCAGGCUCUCCGGCGGGCCCUGAUGUCCUUCCCUCUGAUGGGCAGGCGCCCACAACUCAGCUGGUGGCUGGGUGGCCGGCCCGGGCAGCACCAGUGAGCCUGGCCGGGCUGGCCACCGUGCGGCGGGCAGGCCAGACACCAACCACUCCGGGCACCUCUGAGGGCGCACCUGGCCGGCCCCAGCUGUUGGCACCACUCUCCUUCCAGAACCCUGUGUACCAGAUGGCGGCUGGCCUGCCGCUGUCGCCCCGCGGCCUUGGCGACUCAGGCUCUGAAGGCCACAGUUCCCUGAGCUCCCACAGUAACAGUGAAGAGCUGGCGGCUGCCGCCAAGCUGGGAAGCUUCAGCACCACCGCGGAGGAGCUGGCACGACGGCCUGGUGAGCUGGCACGGCGGCAGAUGUCACUAACUGAGAAGGGCGGGCAGCCCACAGUGCCACGGCAGAACAGCGCCGGUCCCCAGCGGAGGAUCGACCAGCCACCGCCACCGCCACCACCACCACCUCCUGCCCCUCGGGGCCGGACGCCCCCCACCCUGCUGAGCACCCUGCAAUACCCGCGGCCUUCGAGUGGAACCCUGGCCUCGGCCUCCCCAGAUUGGGCUGGCCCUGGGGCCCGGCUGCGGCAGCAGUCCUCUUCCUCCAAGGGGGACAGCCCAGAGCUGAAGCCGCGGGCGGUGCACAAGCAGGGCCCUUCACCCGUGAGCCCCAAUGCCCUGGACCGCACAGCUGCUUGGCUCUUGACCAUGAACGCGCAGUUGUUAGAAGACGAGGGCCUGGGCCCAGACCCCCCCCACAGGGAUAGGCUAAGGAGUAAGGAGGAGCUCAGCCAAGCAGAAAAGGACCUCGCAGUGCUGCAGGACAAGCUGCGAAUCUCCACCAAGAAGCUGGAGGAGUACGAGACCCUGUUCAAGUGCCAGGAGGAGACGACACAGAAGCUAGUGCUGGAGUACCAAGCGCGGCUGGAGGAGGGUGAGGAGCGGCUGCGGCGGCAGCAGGAGGACAAGGACAUCCAGAUGAAAGGCAUCAUCAGCAGGUUGAUGUCAGUGGAGGAGGAGCUGAAGAAGGACCACGCAGAGAUGCAAGCAGCUGUGGACUCCAAACAGAAGAUCAUUGAUGCACAGGAGAAGCGCAUCGCCUCCCUGGACGCUGCCAACGCCCGCCUCAUGAGCGCACUGACCCAGCUGAAAGAGAGGUACAGCAUGCAAGCCCGUAACGGCAUCUCCCCCACCAACCCCACCAAAUUGCAGAUUACUGAGAACGGCGAGUUCAGAAACAGCAGCAAUUGUUAACCUGCCCGAGGAGGGAGGAACCUACCUAAGGAGAGGGGGACUGUGGUGGCCCAGGGCAGGGUCUCGGCUGGGGAGGCACCCCCAGAGUUGCAGCCCCAGUGCGGGUGGCAGGAGGCCGAGGCGCCCCCUCCCCUCGCCCGCAGUGCAGGAGGCGGCCGCAGAGGGAGCGCGAGAGACUGAUGCAGCGCAAGGGGGGCUACCAGCCGCUCCCCUCCUCUUCCGCCCAAGAAGAGUGUUUGGGUGCAGGCAGAAGAGACUGCACGCGGGGGAGUGGGGACGGGCCUGCCAAACACGUCUGUCGGUUAUGGAAUUUGAUGUGUGUCACCUUUCCUCCUUGACCCGGCCAAGUGCAUGUACCCCUACCUCGCCAGGGAGGGAGCUGCCUGGAAAAGGGACAGUUAAGGGCUAGGGGCCACUCCUGUGGCUUCCUCUGUCCUGCUGGGGGUUCAGGACUCUGGUUGCCAGGCCUUUGCCCUGUGGGGCCUGGAACCUGAUGGGUUAGUUGGCAGGCAGAGAUGUGGGGAGGACUCUGAGGCAGGGAUCUGUGUCCCCUGCCUGUCUUUGCCCCAUCUGCCACUGCAUGCGGCCCGUCGCUGACCCUGCCUGGCCGUGAGGAACUGAGGAUUCACUCCCACCUGCCCUGUCCCAGACUCGCACUGUCCACCUCUCUCCCUUCCUUAGUCAUGUUGCCAAAUAGGCCCGUGAGGAUCCUGGCUUUUUCUUUGGGGCCCUUACACCUGUGGGGAGGAUCCGGAGCCUCCCACACUUGCCACAUGGGCCUGGGCUGUUGUUCUGGGACACCCAGAAGCCAAAGAGCUAGACAGAGCUGCCCAGUGGCACUGUGCAUUGUAGCUGCCUUCUCCGGGGCCAGUGCUGCCAGGGCACAGUGGCCCUGAGGGGCGUGGCCAGCUGGUGCUCACCCUGAAAAGGUGAUCUUUCCUCUGAUGGUUUGAAAGAAAAAGUUAACAACUGCAGGCCCUGAGAAGGUGGAUAACUGUGAUUUUUUUUCCUUUCACAGUAUGCAUUAGAAACAAAAGCCCGCUUGCUCGCUUGCUGGAACACAGGGGCCUUUUAAAUUGAGCGUGCGCACUGCAUGGGAAAUAGCGGCCCUGGAGGAUGUUAGCCUUGCUCCCUCUCAAGACAGCAGCAGCCUGCACCGGGCCCGGCGCAGCCGCCGCCUCCUCACCCCUCCCGGCCCCAGCCAAGGACCCAGGCGCUGCAGACAGGGGAGGGGCACUCCCACAGCGGGGGCUGGCUUCCCUCAGCUCUAGGCUGUUCUGUAGCAUAUCUGCCCCUCCCCCCUUUGCGGAACAUAGAUGGGCAGGAACUGGGGUCUCUCGGCCCCAUCUAUUCCCGUGCCCUACAGAUUCCAAGCCCUGGCCCUGGGUCACCUAGGGCAGGAGCUGGGGCCUUGGCCCAGGCAGCAGAGCCAGGGCUGGGCGAGCUCAUGAGCUGCCACCUCUGCCUCUGGGGCUGGAAAGUGCCAGAAUUUACCAGGAAGGGCAGAAGUGCUGGAGGGGUGGCCAGAGCCACGCUGCACCCCUUCCUGGGCCUACAGGCAGGUGACAGCGGCUGCUCCAGGAGGGGGAGUUAGGCUAGAGACGUGCUGGUGGAGAGGGGCUGCGCCAAGGGCCAGAGACCUCAGGGAGGAAGGGGCUGGGCUGAGCCUGCUGCCACCCCUUCCUGCCCCCAUUCCUGUCCACACCCCUGCGCCUGCGUACUUCAGACCAGGGUGGCCACACAGGCAGGGCCCGGCUCCCGUUGUGUCCUCCUCUGGCCAGUGCCAUCCUCACCGCCAGGGAGCCCUGCUGUCCCCACCCUACCCACUCCACCCCUCCCACAGAUGCCUCAUAGAGUGACCUCGAACUGACCACCUCUUAGCAAUACGGGGAGGUCCCCAGGGCCUGGACAGGAGGACACGGGGGCCAGCCGCUGUGGCCAGUGCUGGCUGCCCUUGGCGGGGGUUGUGAGCUCUCAGGCCGAGAGCCUUACUUACCUAGUGCAAAAACUGUAAACGUGUACAGACUCUUCACAGAUUUUUAUCUUAAUUGCAAGUCUGACGAUUUUUGUAAAUGUUCUUGGUGUUUGACUGUAAUGUAAUAUUUCACCCAAGGUUGUACAUAGUCCUUUAGUCCUGGUGCUGCGAGGGUUGCCGGGACUGCUGCUCCUGACGGUUUGUAUUGUAUUUUGUAAUCUAGAGAAGUGCUGGGCAGGACAGAGCUUCGGGGUCCAGGGGCCUGUGUCCUUUCCCUGCCUCUGGCAUUUCCUUGUGGCUUUGUGGCGUGCUGUCUGGGUGGAGCUUGAUGGGGACGCAGGCCCUGAUGGGGCCGGGAAAGGGGGCUUCUACCUAAGGCCACAGAAGAUCUGUGUUCCCAGGGCUGGGCCCUGCCUCCUCCUGGGCUAGGGUUGCCAGAGGUCCCUGAGGAGAGGACAGUCCUUUCUCAGGGGAGACAAAGUCCCGAGAUUGCUGGAAAAGGCUGCCCCUCCCCUGCCAACAGAUACCUGAUGUUUUUUGCUCAACUCGUACAUUCAGGGUGAAGGAAACUGCCAAACUUCCUAUAAAUGAAGACUUUUUCUGAAUGCACCCCCUCCCCCAGAGCACCUGCCCUGAGGGACACUGUUCCCUCACACCUGUCCGUCUGCGGGAGCCAGACCGUCCAGGGAAACAGCCCCUCUUUUCUACACACUCGGCCACAAUGCCGCCCCCCACCGUGUCCUAGUUCCCCCCUUUUGUAAGUAUGUGAAAAGGAAAAAAUGCAAAUGUUGGAGUUUGGCUGGAGCCCUUCCAGCCGUGACUUUGAACCAUGUAAUAAUGUACAGAGAAAGUUGUUGGUGUUCUAAGACUCUGUGUGGCUGUGCAAUUUCUGUACAUUUGCAAUUAGAAAUAUUAAAGAUUUAUUUAGCUAUUUUAA